UCUGUCUCUGCGUAAACGGAGAGAGUGGAGAAGGAGAGAGCGCACGGAGAGAAAAGCAGAGCUUUAGUGGCAAGGCAGCAGUGCCGCUGACACGAGUGAGGGACCCCGUGGCUAUUUCAACCACCUCUCUCUUCUCACAGCUUAACCUGCGCCUUUUGAGACGGACUUCGACAUCGGGACUAUAGGCUAGACCUUUUGGUUUUGGACUCGUUUGAUUCAUCAGCAGACCCUGAGGUGGACGGGGUUCUUAUUUCCCCCACCGUGGACCGAGGAGUUGUGUGUGUUUAUGUGUUUUACGCGUUGCUUGUAAUGGGGAAAAGUGGACAGAGAAGUGGAAUAGGACACGGGGGUUGCAGCUUGGUGAUGAUGUGCGCCAUGCCGGGGAUCCUGCUUCUCCUAGUGCUCGUACACCAAGGAUUCGCUCAAGUGAGAGAUGAUGAUGAUUUCCUGAGUCUAAGCGAACUCCCGGAAACCUUCCCCUCCGACCCUCCGGAGCCCUUACCUCACUUCCUGUUUGAACCCGAGGAAGGCUACAUUGUGAAGAAUAAACCUGUCAAUCUCUACUGCAAAGCAACGCCUGCCACGCAGAUUUACUUCAAGUGCAACAGCGAGUGGGUCCAUCAGAAAGACCACACUGUGGAGGAGAGGGUGGACGAAAACUCAGGUCUGGUCGUAAGAGAAGCCAGUAUAGAAAUCACACGGCAGCAGGUGGAGGAGCUGUUUGGUCCUGAAGAUUACUGGUGUCAGUGCGUGGCCUGGAGCUCUGCUGGAACCACCAAAAGCCGCAAGGCGCACGUUCGCAUUGCAUACCUGAAGAAGUCAUUUGAACAGGAACCCCUGGGAAAGGAAGUAUCUCUGGAGCAGGAAGUACUGUUACAGUGUCGCCCUCCAGAGGGCAUACCAGCUGCUGAGGUGGAGUGGUUGAAGAACGAAGAGAUAAUUGACCCAGCAGAGGACAGAAACUUCUAUAUCACCAUCGACCACAACCUGAUCAUCAAACAGGCGCGUCUGUCUGACACAGCCAACUACACAUGUGUGGCUAAGAACAUAGUGGCCAAAAGACGAAGCACUACAGCCACUGUUAUUGUUUACGUGAACGGUGGUUGGUCGACUUGGACGGAGUGGUCGGUGUGUAACAGUCGCUGUGGACGGGGCUUCCAGAAACGAACCCGCAGCUGCACUAACCCCGCCCCUCUGAAUGGAGGAUUGCCUUGUGAUGGACAGGCCAUACAGAAACUACCCUGUACCACACUGUGCACCGUGGACGGUGUGUGGACAGAGUGGAGUAAGUGGUCGGCCUGUGGGACGGAGUGCACCCAGUGGAGGAGGAGGGAGUGCAACAACCCAGCACCUAAAAACGGAGGAAAGGACUGUGAGGGGCUGGUACUCCAGUCUCAGAACUGUACCGACGGACUCUGUAUGCAAAGUUCAUUGUUUCAGAUGUCCACUGAGCCCAAAGAAAAGAGUGAUUUGGGAAUCCCAUCUGCUCCAAGUACAGAUGAUGUGGCGCUAUACGUGGGCAUUGUCAUCGCAGUGAUUAUGUGCCUGGUCAUCUCUGUCAUCGUGGCGCUUUUUGUCUACCGCAAGACACACCGUGACUUUGACUCGGACAUCAUCGACACCUCGGCACUAAACGGAGGCUUCCAGUCUGUUAAUAUCAAAACAGCCAGAUCAGCUGAUCUGCUGACAGUUCCUCCUGAUUUGACUAAUGCAGCUGCCAUGUAUCGUGGUCCAGUGUAUGCCCUCCACGAUGUUUCAGAUAAAAUCCCGAUGACCAACUCCCCUCUGCUGGACCCUCUUCCCAACUUGAAAAUCAAAGUCUACAACUCUUCUGGUCUGGUCACACCGCAGGACGACCUCGGAGGAGACUUCACAUCCAAACUGUCUCCUAAGGUAACACAGUCUCUGUUGGAUAGUAGUGACACCAUGAACCUUCGCAACCAGAGCUUGGCUCGAACACGAGACCCUUCAUGUACCGCUCACGGAUCCUUUAACAACCAGGGAGGACACCUCAUCGUACCCAACUCUGGUGUGAGUUUGUUGGUUCCAGCGGGUGCUGUUCCUCAGGGUAGGGUGUACGAGAUGUAUGUGACUGUGCACAGGAAGGACAGCUUGAGACCCCCGGUUGAGGACAUCCAGACAGUGCUGAGUCCAGUGGUGAGCUGUGGACCUCCAGGAGCCCUGCUGACCAGACCAGUGAUCCUCACCAUCCACCACUGUGCUGACAACGUCCAGGAAGACUGGCUCAUGCAGCUGAAGAACCAGCUGGCCAUGGGAGAGUGGGAGGAUGUGGUUGUAGUUGGAGAGGAAAACUUCACCACCCCCUGCUAUGUGCAGAUGGACUCGGAGGCAUGUCACAUCCUAACAGAGACACUGGGGACUUACUGCCUGGUGGGCCAGUCAAUCUGCAAGGCAGCCGCCAAGAGGCUUAAACUGGCUGUUUUUGGACCCGUCUCCUGCACAACUUUGGACUAUCACAUCAGGGUCUAUUGUCUGGAUGACACACAGGAUGCACUCAAGGAGGUUCUUCAGAUGGAGACCCAGAUGGGAGGGAAGCUUCUGGAUGAGCCAAAGACCCUGAACUUUAAAGACAGCACACACAAUCUGAGACUGUCAAUCCACGAUGUUCCACACACACACUGGAAGAGCAAACUCAUCGCAAAGUAUCAGGAGAUCCCAUUCUACCAGGUGUGGAGUGGCAGUCAGAGAACUCUUCACUGUACCUUUACCCUGGAGAGACUGAGCUCAGCCACCACAGAUAUCAGCUGUAAACUGUGUGUACGGCAGGUGGAAGGAGAAGGACAGAUCUUUCAGCUCAGCAACACAUUGGAGGAGGACGUUCAGUGCAUAGACACGUCCCUGAUGGACCCUGCCAGUAAUAUCACAACCUUAGUGGGACCCAAUGCCUUCCGCAUUCCUUUAUCCAUCAGACAGAAGCUGUGUGGCAGUCUAGAUGCACCACAGACCAGAGGCAAUGACUGGAGGAUGCUGGCCCACAAACUCAACCUUGACAGGUAUCUGAACUACUUUGCCACCAAGUCUAGUCCGACAGGUGUGAUCCUUGAUCUCUGGGAGGCCCAGCACUUCCCCGAUGGAGACCUAAAUGAACUGGCUGCUGUGUUGGAAGAGAUGGGUCGCCAUGACGGUAACUUCGCCUCCAUGACAACGGAACACUGACGAAGCAGCGUGGUUCCCGUGACAAUGACAGAACUCUGGAGACGAUUACACUCAAAUUUAUUCUCUACGGUGGAUGCUGCAGCAAGGGCAAUGAACAAAUCAGAUGUGAGCAAAAGAAAAGUUGUCGCCAUGGUGAUUGAGCACCAAUUACCGAUUAAAUACCAUGACACUCAUGCCGACAUGGUAACAGACAAGACAUGCUCAAGCUAGUGGUGGAAACUAUGUGAAUCUUUGUGUGUUUAUUUGAGCAACGUUGCAGUGUUGUGUGUGACCGAAGGAGACAUAACCCAACCUACAACACAAACACAGUCAGUCAGGAACAAAUCAAACAUACACACGC